AUGGUAACUUUUCUCUUGGGCGGAACGAGGGCCGUGAGGCCCGCAGACCCUCGCCCCUCUGCUUUUUCUGCUGGUCGAUGUCUUUCUGGAACUCGCAGGCGAGAAGUCGCCUCUCAAAGAAGGGAAAAGCGCGGCGUCGCGGCGAUCGUCUCGUCUGAGUCGCGCUCUUCUUCUCCUUCUCGUUUCUUCGCUACGUGCGAUUCUUCUCGGAGCCCUACACUCCUCUCCUCGUCUUCUUCCUCGUUUUCUUCUCUCUCUUCUUCUACCUCGUCUUCUUCCUGGUCUUCUUCUCUCUCUUCUUCCUCGUCUUCUUCUCUCUCGACUUGUUCUUCUCUCUCGUCUUCUCCUUCUCUUCCUCUUCUCCACUCCGUUGUCAGUGGCUUUCGUCUCUGUUUGCUCGGCGUUCCCGUUGCGCCGUCGCCUCGCGUCCCCCUCCACGGCAGCUCCGGUGUCUGUGCAGCUCCCUGGGGUGUCUGUGCAGCUCGUUCGCCUGCGUUUUCUGCCACUGCACGUCGAAAUCUGUUUUCGCAGCGGUCGGCGGGGCUGAAGAUUCCGCGGCUUUCUCGGGUGUACACGAUGACUCCACGGGAGCUGCGCAACGCCAUCGCGGACUGCGCGCGCCGCCAGAUCCGGAUGAAGGAGCUCUGGGACGCCUUCCUGUACCGGGCCGUAGUUCUUCGAGCCGAGUUGAGGCCUGAACAUAUCGCGACGAUUUUCCGGUCGCUCGCGACCGUGCAGAAGCCGGUGCUUUCCUUUGUCGACUACAUGCUGGAAGACGUUCGCUUCCGUCUGCACAUGUUUCGACUUCAGGACAUUUCUCUUCUCCUCUCUGCGUUGGCGAGACUGGAGGUGCGUGACGACCUGCUUCUCCAGGCGCUUCUUCCCAUCCUGCUCAAACGCAUUUCUCCUGCAUCGCCUCCGAAAGACUUUGCCCUCGUCAUGCAUGCGUUUGUUCGCAUGCAGGGUCCUCAGAUCGACCUCGUUGGCAGCCGCGUUGUCGCCUCGCUGGCUGGACGCGUGGAGACUCUCGAACAGCCUCAGACCAUUGCGCUUCUCCUCUUUGCUUUCGCCGAGCAUGCGAAGAAGCAGGUCCAGCGAGAGGCCCUCGAACGGGAAGUCGCGCGUGCGAGUGUCGAGGUGGAAACGGGUGAGAAACAUGAAGGCUUCGCGGAGAAAGCGCAGAGGGAAGGCCAGGGAGACCGGUGCAGACUUGCAGACAACGAAGACAAAGGAGAGACACAGAGAGAGAGAGAGGGAGAGCGAGAGCGAGAGCAAGAGGAGGACCGGAGGAUUCGAAUUCCAUUCAGGAUGUUCAUUGAGAGUCUCCUUGAACAAACGGGCAAGCAACUGCGGGGAUUCAGAGCAAGGGACUGUGUACAUACACUCGCGGCGGUCGCGAGCCUCGCUGAGUGUAACAGAAGAAUUCGGGAAGAAGCGCUGCAGAGUGAAGAAGACGCUGCGUGCAGAGAUGAAGAAAGAGAAAGGGAAGACGACUUCGAGGGAGGCGGCAAGCCACGGCCUGACAAAGGAGGAAGCGAGGCUUGGGAUGUAGGAUGUCUGCCGCCGUCGCUGCUCGAGGAUGUCCUUUGGAGAGUCCAUAAGCGACUACAGGAGGUGAAGUUCGAGUUGCAGAGCAGAGACGCCGUCCUCCUCUUCCGGGGUGUACAUACACUCCAGGCCGAGUGCGGAGAGUUCACUGCGCAGAAGGAGGAGCUGAUCAAACAGCCGAGACAGCUGGAGGCAGAGACCGCCUCGAGCGAAGUCUCCUCGGACUGGAAAGACAAGAAAAAGAGACGCCAGCCCCUCCUCGACCGACUCAAAAAUCUCGUCGUUCGCGAAGUCACCCAUCGCGCGGGAGAUUUGGAAGCCAUGGAGGCUCUCGAACUGCUGCGCAUCCUCGCCUCAGAAAACCAGCAAUGCCACCCAGGCCUCGAGGCCGCACUUUGUGUUCGGCUCUCAGACGCGCUGGCAAGUUUUUCUUCGCCUUUCUACAAGCCGCCCGUCGAACUUCACAGGGCUCUGCACCAACUUUCAGACGUCUUUCUUCGCCUGUUCUCUGCUGCGAAGCCACACUUCCCCCCCUCCUUCUCCCCCGCUGCUUCUUCUUCUCCAGCGUUUUCGUCCAACUCUCCUCGCAUUUCCCUCGCCUCGACACAAGCGUCGUGUGACGGGCAGUUGACGAACGCUCCUUCAGUUUCUUCCGAGACCGGGGAAGGCCCCGAAUGCCUGCGACAGCCCGAAUCAGUGGGGAGAAGCUAUCGAUUCGUCGGAGCCAUCAGUGCGUGCUUCUUCAAGUUACUUCACAAACAGAGAGAGAUGAAACUCACUCCCCAGACUGCUGCGUCGGUCACUUGGGCUCUGGGAGUCUUUCACAUUCGCGACCCUCACUGGGCGUCUACUCUCAAGCACCGCCGGGCCUCAGUUGUCUCUUGUUUCACCUCCCAGUGUCUCUUGCCAUCGUCCUGCGACGCUUCGUCUUCUUCUUCUCCGUCUUCCUCGUUGUCUUCGUCUCUGUGUAAACCUUCCUUCUCGUCGUCUUCGCCGUCGCCUUCAAAGGACGACGCCUCUGACACUUCGUCUGCAGAUGCUUCUCCUUUCUCGGUUGUCUCCGAGGAAGAGGACUCUCUGCAUGCGUUCCUCAGCGGAGCGCAGACGCUCUCGAAGCUCGCAAAUGGACUGGCCCUCCUGGGGAUGGGCGACGUUGCAGACGAACUUGGCAUUUUCCCUCUGCUCUCCACGGUGGAAACCUUUAGAGAUAUCGAGUUGCCUCUGUCAAUCCUCAUGGCAGCUGCGAUUUUCGAUUUGACUCGAAGACCUGCGACUCUCGCCAAUUCUCUCCUUCUCCCUGCAGCGCAGGCGAUCUACGACCAGCGAACGGCAUUGCCGCCUUCGUAUUAUCCUUCUCUACGUUUUAUUUCCAUGUCGACACUGCCCUCGGCAUGGCCUGCACCUCUUCAGAACUUCUAUGCGAAUCCCGGGGCUUCCGCGGCCGUCUCGCCUGCCGGCCCUCCGUCGGUGUCGAGUUGCCACUGGAUUUCUCCGCAUAUAAGCCGAGUGGCGACUCACGACAUGUUGCUGCGGACGGCGUUCAUUCAGAGCGAGAAACUUAGGAAGAGCAGUCGCGGCCGGGGGGCGCUCGUUCACCAGAGUCAGCACUUUGAUGCCGUCGUUGGUCGUUUCUUGAGCAAGUCGCGAGUCGCGUCUCUCUUGUACAAGCCGUGGGAAAGUGUGGUGUGGCCAGGAGAAGCGCAUGCGAUGCAGGGUGGAGAGUCUGGCGACUCUCAGCAAGACGCAGGGAGAAGCCGAACGCGUUUCCGCGAGGCUGCAGGCGACCCGGCAGCCGAGGAAGACAACGAGUGGGGGGACGAAGUGACGCAUGAAGCAGAGACAGGCUCCGAUGCAGACACAGGACAGGGCUCGGUGGAGGAAGAAGACUGUCUGGUCGUCUUCCCAGAGAGAGUGAGAAAGGAGUUGAUGUCCUGGCGCGGCGUGGGCGUGUCAUGCGAAGUCCCCGUAGGUCCUUUUCUCGUUCCUUUUGCUGUCGACCUCGUCAGUCUGGGCGCUCAUCUGAAAAGGUUUCCUUUGAGUGCGGCAAAGGCUUCUCCGAGAGCGGAAGAAGAAGGUCAAGCAGAAGAAAAUGAAGGAGCUCAAAGAGAAGAGAGAAGCGGACAGACGAAGGAGACGAAGGACGAGGUGAGAGCAACAGGCGAUGGGGAGGAGGGCGGAGAAGAGGGAACGGGAACGGCAAAGGAUGCGGCUGGGCUAUCUGUCUUGAGAAGUGAGGAGAAGAAUGCGUCGGCCGGGAAGGGAGAGACACUGGCAGUCUCGAGGAAAGAGUCCGAGCGUGGAGAGUCCUGUUGGACAGAUCACAAGGAUGCAGACGACUCAGGUGAGGACGGCGUAAGGACGAGUGAAGGAACUCUGAAGGAAAACGUUGCGCAUGGAGAGGACAGCGGAGACGGAACAAGACCGAAUCCCCGCACUCACGUCCUCCUCGAUCUGCUGUGGAGAGACUUCGAUUUUUACAUGGAGCCUCACCACGCGUCGGUCCCGAGCUCGGCUCCGGCAGACGCUGCAGCGGCGUCGCAUGCAGCAAAUGAGAGGAAUCCGGACAGCCACGAGCGAGAUCUGUCUUCUCCACAGCGGCCGCCAUUCCCCCGGAACAAGAGCCCGAUGCUGUGUGCGGGGAAGUUCGCGGAACUCAAUGCGUUGCGCAGACAGGGAUGGCAUGUAGCAUGCAUUAGCGAAACGACGUGGCUAGCUCUCGAAGAGAAGCAGCGAAGAGGCGAAGGAACACGAGAAGACAUGAAACGCUACAUUCUCUCCUGCAUAGCCUCUCUGGGGAAACAGAAGGAGAAACGCUCUUCCGCGAGCGAGCGGGAAACAAGCGCAAACGAGGGAAACGGUGCAGAGACCACUGGAUGCAAGAAUCCCCCGCCGAAGCUGUAA